AUGGCACCCACCAUCUUUCCACCAGAUGAACGGGAUCCCGACGUUGAACCAUGCGCCUACGCUUUUCUCGACAAUAUCUUCGACUCAACUUGCGAAAAGCAACACUGGACCAUGUCGGGCACCCCGUAUGAACGUCAUCACCCCGCGGAGAUACACAGUCCUGAGAAGAUCGGCUUAUAUUUCCCACACAUCCGCAACACUAGCCCGGUCAAGCUGGACAAGGAUGUCUGUCAGUCGCUCAUCGCCCACGACCCCAUUGCGGGAUUCAAGUUCUGGCAAGAGCUGUACCGCGAGCACAUUCCUAACACAAUCGACUACCCUUUGUGGACGUGGACAAACGAGCUUAUGGUGUACUGGGGUACCUCUUUUGACCUGUCGUUUCUUCGCCUUAGCGGCCCCGGUCUCUCCGAAUUCUUCGAAGAAAUUGUUUCCCGCGAGGAGUUCUUCUACGACUUCCCUGCGCUUGUGUUGAACAUCUUCAAGAUGAUCGCGCUCACCCUCAAGACAGCGAAAACGCAUUUCAUCAUUGGUCUCGCCGAUGCUACUACCAUCAAAGAUGCAAUGAAUCGACUGGUCGCCCUCGCGUGCCGCGUGACUUGGGAACAUCGCUCUCGUUUGCUCGUAGAGCCGGACGUACUCGAUGACCAUGCCGGUCUGCUGAGGCUCGCCCGCACUGCCGUGCAUGGAAUGUUAGUUGGUUACUGCCAGCUACAUUGCCCUACGGAUCCGAAUUGCAAGGACAACGACAUCGACUACUCCGUUUUCCGUCACGUCGACUACGAAUACAUUCGCCGGUUAACCUUCUUUAUGUGGUUUCACUACGACGAGUCAAUUUACACCGGAGACUUCAAGAGAACCCCAGAGGGCGAAGCCUUUCUUCUUACGACUGUCGUGUUCACUCUGCGCGUAUGCGGCGCAGAAGACCCGGAACCCACAGCUUUUGUUCAGUCCGACAUCAUACCAGAGUACGACGCGCAGGCAGUGCUUGGCCGCCUAGCAGCAACCCUCCGGCGAAGCAAGAUGUCGGACAGUACAUUCCUCCGCAUCUUGGAUCUCGUUCAGCUACUUCUGCUCCGUUCGGAGUUCUUUCCCCAUUUCGCGUCUGCGGGAGUCCUUGGAGCAUUCAGAGAUACCCUGGAUGUCUCGCGCCUAGACAACAUCACAUCGGAAAACGCGCUCAUGGUGAAUAUACUGGAAAUCUACAGAGUCGUCGCAGCUCAUGCUCCAACCCGCGAUGGGCGCGCGCCUCUCAUUCGGCAACACGACGUGAUCGGACUUCUAUCCCGUUGCGUGAUUGUCGCCGCGAUGCAUGGAUACCCCUAUUCUGAGCGCGGCCGUGAAUAUGUCUUUGAGUAUAUUACGUAUGCCAGGGCACUCCUGCAGCGGCAUGGAGAGAAGAACGCGCUGCGCCAGGCGCUCAUCAGAUCCGUCCGAUGGCAUUGGUACCACGCCUUAAAGGAGCUGCGAGGGGUAGAGAGAGUGCGCCCAGAGGUUACAAAGGGCUGUAUACACUUGGAGAAUACGUGGAUGACGUUCGGUAAGGUAUUGGGUUUAGACGAAGCCACUGAGAAGAGGGACUACUAUCAGCGAGCGGAGAAGGGCGCCUCGCAAUUGUGUGCAUGGGAAAACUGCCGAUACCAUACGGUCAGACCUCCCGCACCGCUCAGCACAUGCAAGGGCUGUGGAGAGGUAUACUACUGUGGCAGGGGAUGUCAAGUCCGGGACUGGAAGGAGGGGCAUAGGCAAGUCUGUAAACGUAUCAAGGACGAAGCACACAGACCCGCCUAA